AACAAAAUGUGCAUACGUUUUGUAGGUGUUAGGAUGUGUUGCCUACUCGAUUAGCACGCCUACCAUUUAACCAUUCCUGCGCGGCCAGCCUAUUUAAAACUUACAGUUUCUACUGAACUUCAUUAACUUGAAAGAGGUAUUACUACAUCAAAUAUAGGGAACGGGGAACCAUCGUAAACAAGGACAGAACGAUUUAUAUAGAGAGUGUGUGUCAAAAUGAGACAGGAAGUAUUAUUUUUAGUGUGUUGCAUGUUUGCUACGUCAUGUUGUGGGGUGUUCUACACCACCAGUAAAGACAAUGACUAUCCCCGAAUAGGACGACGUAGUUUUUUCACAAGCAGCCACGAAAACACAUAUCCCAGAAUAGGACGUUCAGGAGGCAAUCAUGUCGGAACUUUAAAUACAGAUAUUUACAAACGAAGAUUCACAGCCGGUGGCGGUUCGAAUUAUCCAAGAUUAGGUCGCGGAGGUUACUUCAAGAGCCAAGGCGUCGCAUAUCCACGAAUAGGACGCAGUGAAUCUGAGAACAGCGAUGAUAUAGAAGACACCGAUGAUACACUUCCGGAAACAAAUGAUAACCUGCCAACUGUGAAUGAUAUUCGACAUGCUAUUGGUUUACAGAUGCCUAUCGCCUUCUUAUUGUGGGAUCAGAAUGCCGACGGCCAAUUGACGAAAUCAGAAUUCAUCACAGGCCUUUCGAAAUCCCGCCAUAGACACCAUAAGAACUAAUAUUGCCUUUAAGCUUUUAUUGUUUUCCUUAUUAAUCAAAUCUAUAUAAUUUAUCAUUAAAAUGUUGGAUAAUAUGUCCAGAGUUUAA